AGAGAGAGAGAGAGAGAGAGAGAGAAACACACACAAACACCACCAGCACACAGAUUCUUCAGAGACAGUUAUGAAGCUCGUAUGGUCCCCAGAAACUGCUUUAGAAGCUUACAUAGACACUGUUAAAUCUUGUGAGAGCUUCAAAGAAUCCAGUAUAGCCGAGCUCCUCUCCACCAUGGCAGCCGGUUGGAACGCAAAGCUAAUAGUCCAAGCCUGGUUCCACGGCGCUCCAAUCGUGACAAGCAUAGGCCUGGCCAUCGCAGCCCGCCACACGCGCGGGCGGUACGUGUGCGUAGUCCCUGACGAGCAGUCAAGACAAAAGUACAUGAACGCCAUGAAAGAACACGAUGAAGUGGCGCCGCCGCCUGAGGUGGUGGUGGGUGAGGCCGAGGUGGCGAUGGCUGGGCUGGUGGGUGUGGAUUUUCUGGUGGUGGAUUGCAAGCGUGGAGAUUUCGACAGGGUGCUGAGGUUUGCGAAACUGGGUCAGAGAGGCGCGGUUUUGGCAUGCAAUAAUUCGAAUACGAGAGAUGGAAACGCGGUUUCGGGGUCUCGAUGGCAUGGGGUGCUUGAGAGAGGGGCACGUGUGGUGAGGUCAGUGUUUUUGCCUGUGGAGAAAGGGUUGGAUAUUGCUCAUGUAGGGAGUACUAAUAUUGGUGGGAGUGGGAGGAUGGCUCAUCAUAGCCGUUGGAUCAGGCACAUCGAUGCACGGUCCGGUGAGGAGCACGUGUUUCGGGGAUGAAUCCAAUUGAUUGAAAUUUCACAACUUUUUCCACAACUACU